AUGGCGCCGCAGAUGCGAAAUUUGAGAAGGCCGGCUGUUUUCACAGGCGCACAUUUUUGUCCGCAGAAGCGAGGGUCGCAGGUACGACCCCUUGUCCGCAGAUGCAGAAAUCGCUGGGACAGAAGCUUAAAUUCGAGGUUUCGUGAUUUUUAUCCAUUUUCGGAUUUUGGAGCUCGGGUUGAGCGAUUUUGGUUAAAGCUACUGUGUUCUGCCGAACUCGUAGGCAGAACUGCAGCUCCCACCCUGCUUAGCGUAACCCUAUCUCAAGCUGAAAAUGCUCAUAAGGAGAUUUUAGCUAUGAAUAUAAGUUCAUUCAAUGAGUUAGGGAAGUUGGCUUGGGCUGAUUGCUUAAAGCUUUAUGAAGAUACUUUUUAUCAACUUAACAAAUCCAUCAACAACUCUGGUAAGACAAAUGAUGUUCAAACAUGGCUAAGUGCAGCUAUGGCUAAUCAUCAAACAUGCUUAAAUGGAUUCCAUGAUUUCCAAUUAUCAUCACAUUUGGAGAAAUUUUCCUCUGUGUUAAAUGAUUUCUCCGAAAACCUUUGCAACUCUCUUGCCAUAAACAAAGCCACGGCUAUACCUUCAGCUUCACUAUCAACAAAUCCCCAACUUAAGGGCCGACGUUUACUUAGGGGCGGAGUUGCAUGGUCUGAAGCGGGUUCAACUGAAUCUCAUACCGGAUUCCUGACUUCACCCGACAAGAAACCUUUACAGCAAGGAACUCCAAUAAAGGCCGAUAUCGUGGUGGCUCAAGAUGGUUCUGGGAAUUAUCACACUAUUUCUGAAGCUUUAGCUGCAGUAAAUAGCAUGAGGAAUGGCACAGGGAGAUUUGUGAUAUAUGUGAAAAGAGGUAAUUAUACAGAAUAUGUGGAGAUCGAGAAUACUAUGAAUAAUUUGAUGUUCAUUGGAGAUGGGAUUGAUGCCACAAUUAUCAGUGGCAAUAGAAGUAAUG